AAGAGCUAAACCGGAAGUGUCAAUGACAACUUAAAAAAUAGAGGUCAAGCUGUGUCAUGACUGCAGUGAAUCCCGCUGACUCCAACGCCAUGCUGCACACAAGAGACGUUUUUCAUGUGACCCCAGAUAGAUUACCCGACAACUUCGCAGUGCUGCAAGCGUGCCAAAUGCCCGUGCAGGCUGUGGCUUCCCGCCUCUGGUGCCGCAGCUGCGGACAGGCGGCCACGGACGCGUGCGUGGACGAGCACUCGGUGUGCACGCUCAAGAAGAUGCGCGCGGAGGACGCAGGGCCGCUGGUGCGGGGCCUGGACGAGGGCGAGGCGGCGGUGCGCGCGCUGCUGCGGGCGAUGGGCGACGCGUCCAACGACGUCAACAACCAGGACUGGCUGAACCGGCUGCAGCUCGAGCGGCGGCGCAUGACCGCGGCCAAGGAUGAGAGUGAACGAAGUGCUUCCUUUGUGCCCGCAGACUUGGCCCGGACCGCGGCCAGGCUCGUGCUCGACUUGGCCGACCCGGCAGCCGUUUGCAGCGUGACGCUGCGGCGCGGCGCUGCGGGUGCAGUGGAGUGGCGCGCCGAAGUGCCGCCCGCCGACAACGCCGGAGUCAAGCUGGUGCUGUGCAUGCUCGGGUGCGACGGCCACCUGACGCAGCAACCGCCGGAGACACAGCCUCAGGAGCAGCAGGCAGCGGCCUGGCACGAGCGCCCGAACGAGGGGGAGCGCCAGAUGUCCUACAGGGAGAUGGCGGCCGCCAUGGCGGUGGGCUGCCGAGUGGCGCGGGGCAGGGACUGGGAGCAGGGCUGGAACUACGACGGCCCCUCCCAGCGGCCCGGCACCGUCACCCACAUGCACGCGGACAGCGAUGUGGCCGUACACUGGGACCGCUCCACGGGCAGCCUGUGGUUCCGCAUGGGCCGCGACGGCAAGUACCACCUCCGGCUCCUGGCGCCUGCACCCCUGGCCUCGCUCGUUGGGUUACAGGGAGGCGACAAUUGCUUGGAUUUAGCGCCAAUAACUGCGGAGUCAAACCUAAACAAUAUGUCCAAGACAUUGGCGGACGGCAGUCUUGCACAGGUGCGCUCCAUCGUCUGCACUUCCCAGCCGUUCCCCCAGUUCGUGCAGCGGGUGCUGGAGCAGACUUCGCCCCACCUGACGGGCCUGCACAUCCGGAGCCCCCUGGCGAGACACCUGGACGUGGUGGCGGCCAUGCCGGCACUGCGCACCCUGUGCCUCACCUCCGUCACGGAGACGGAGAUGCGGCAAGUUCGCUCGAUGGCGUCGCUGCAAAGCCUGGAGCUGCACUGCUCGCACCACCUCCCUCUGCCGGUGAUGGAGUUCCCCGCCAACCCCGCGGGGCUGCGGCUGUUGCGCUGCGGCGUGUACCCGCUGGCGACCGCGCUGGCCCUGGCGCGCGCGCACGCCCAGUCCCUGGAGAACCUGCAGCUGGUGGCUGCAUCGACUGAGCCCUACGGCUGCCCUGACUUGGCGCUGGAGCUCCGGCGCUGCGGUCUGAGGAAACUGAAGCGGAUGGUGCUGAUCCGACACACCGCGUUCGGUUCGUUUUGCCGUCACGACAGGAACAGCUGCAGAGUGCAGAAGGAAGAGCUGUGGAGCAUGUUUGUGGACAGUGGAUUGAACGCCACUUUGGUUUGCAGUGUUUGUGACUUGGCUGAAUUCCGUAAUUCGAACAUUGUUUAAUCAUCAGGUCCUCCUCCUUCCUUAGCUUAUGAUCAAAUUAAGCUCUCACUAAACUAAAGGUUUAGUUGAGAUCGCUCUUUUUCGAGUCUUCUUAAUCGACCGCGGUUAUGCCAAGUUGUUAUGAGGAUGUGAGAAAUGAAAUAAUUUGUCAAGGUUUUCCCUUCACUUAUUCGGAGAAGAGAACACCAUUAAGCGUCGCGGAUCCUAAAAGAUUGUUUGAGGUAUCGUUGAGGUAGAAAUUUUGAUCAGAAUGUGUAGAUUUAAUUACCAGACCCUUAUGCAUCUAAAGUAUUAUAUGAGCAUUUAAUUGCAUCAUAUUAUUUCACAAUGAAAGUUUUUCAGAAAAUAAUUAAAAUCAUUGCACAUAUA